UAUGUGUCUAAGAAUGUGGUCCUCACCCUAGGGCUUUACCGUGUAGCUGAGGGAAAGGAUAAAGACACAAAACAGCUGAUGGGUUAAAAGCACUUAACAGCAGCAAGCUAAGUGGCUUUUCUUUUUGAGAGCAGGUGUCCCUUCUGCCUCAGGCUGGUCCUCACUCCUGGCCUCCUCCUAUCUCAGCCUCCUGAGUAGCUGGGACUUCAGGAAUGCACUAGCAUUCCUGGUUUAAGUGCUUAAGUACGUAGAAGAAAAAUUGUAAGGAAGGAUCUAUGUGUGUGUGUGUGAAAGAGAGAUGGGUGUUUGCUACCAGCUUUCUGAGACAACUGAAAAGGAAGUGAGUUAUUGAAAUGAAUGUCAAUUGGACAAAUGAGGAAAUGAAAUAAGUUUCCCAUGGGCAUAGAUUUCAUAUGAGCAAUUAUAAAAGACCAGGUGCUCUAUGCAGCACCCAUCCACAAAGCCUCCUAUUCACUCUUGUUGGGAGCUGCAAUGUGCAGUGUGGACUUUGGAGCUGGGCGGUCCUAGGUUCGGAUCCUGACUCCGUUCCUCGGGAACCGGCUCUUGCGCUUUUGUUGUCUUUCCUAUAACAGCGAAGACCAGACACCCACCUCAAAGAACUGUGGGAAGCGUUAGACAGUACCUGCAAAGCAUGGCUGGGGUCUGCUGACUGGCAGCUGUGACUUCACACCCCACCCGUCCAGACGUAGAUGCUGAGGCGGCAAAGGUGAAGCGCCACCUUCUGAAGCCCCUCCUCGGAGCUCACAGUCUAGCGAGAGCGGCUGAGAACUAGCUCUCACCAUCCACGCAGGAACAGCUGAGGGAUCUGUGUACCCCAAACCCUGGGUGGUACAGAGAAAGGGGUGGACCACCGCUGCCCUGCCAGGGCAGAGCCAGGAAAGAGGCCACGGCUGUUUGGAAGAUGACUGGGUUUGUCAGGUGGACAGUGGGAGGAAGGACACCGGCCGCAAAGACAGAGGCUUAGGAGCACGAGGUCUGUGUAGAACUUGCUGGCGUCCGGCAGAGGAACAGUCGCCCAGGUCUCCGCUGCUGAAGAAGUUGUGGCACCAGGCUUCCAGCCUUGGCCAGCCAUCGGCUCCUGAGGUCAAAGACCACACUCUCAUGUCUCACCUCUGCCUGCUUGGGGACAGCCUUUGUACAGUCACCAGGCUACCGCCCUGGAGGUGAAAGCCAUGCCCGGACCUUGGUGUUCGCCAUGAUGCCUCAGCCUAGUUUCCCUUCCCACUUGGACGCGAUGUUUGCCAAUUCUUCAGCCAAUGCCUCAUCUACCAACAGCUCUGUGCCCCAGUGCCGUGACUACCGGGGUACACAUCGCUUGCACAUGGUGGUCUACAGCCUGGUGUUGGCGACCGGUCUCCCUCUCAACGCUCUGGCUCUCUGGGUCUUGCUGCGUGUACUGCGUGUACACUCGGUGGUGAGCGUGUACAUGUGCAACCUGGCGGCCAGCGACUUGCUCUUCACCCUGUCGCUGCCCCUGCGCCUCUCCUACUACGCGCGGCACCACUGGCCCUUCCCGGACUUCCUGUGCCAGACGUCGGGCGCCAUCUUCCAGAUGAACAUGUACGGCAGCUGCAUCUUUCUGAUGCUCAUCAACGUGGACCGCUACGCGGCCAUCGUGCACCCGCUGCGGCUGCGCCACCUGCGGCGGCCCCUGGUGGCGCGGCGGCUCUGCCUGGGCGUGUGGGCGCUCAUCCUGCUGUUCGCCGUGCCGGCCGCCCGCGUGCACAGCCCGUCCCCCUGCCAGUACAAGAACAUCACCGUGAGCCUGUGCUUCGAGAGCUUCAGCGACGAGCUGUGGAAGGGCAGGCUGCUGCCGCUCCUGCUGCUGGCCGAGACGCUGGGCUUUCUGCUGCCCCUGGCGGCCGUCGUCUACUCGUCGGGCCGGGUCUUCUGGACGCUGGCGAGGCCCGACGCCACUCAGAGCCACCGGCGACAGAAGACCGUGCGCCUCCUGCUGGCCAACCUCAUCAUCUUCCUGCUGUGCUUCGUGCCCUACAACGCCACGCUGGCGGUUUACGGGUUGCUGCGGGCCGACCUGGUGGAGUCCAGCCUUCAGGCCCGCGAUCAGGUGCGGGGCGUGCUGAUGGUAAUGGUGCUGCUGGCCAGCGCCAACUGCGUGCUGGAUCCGCUGGUGUACUACUUCAGCGCCGAGGGUUUCCGCAACACCCUUCGCAACCUGGGCACCCCGCUCCAGACCAGGGCUGUGGCUACCAAUGGGGCAAGAGGGGUGCUUGCCGAACCACCCUCAGAAAGCACACAAAACCCUGGGCAGGACGCCACCAGUCAGGGUCUGCUCCAGCCUGCCAAUCCGGGGACACCCACCAUGCGGUCCCCCCAGGAUUCAGCCCUCUGAAAGGACGCAGGGUUUAGGGUGUACAUUUGAGGGAGGUGGGCUGGGCACGUGGACUUUGAAGCAACUCCAGCUCUAGCAGGCAGAAGGGAACAAGUGUGUAAGCAAGCGUAUAGGAAAGGAAGAAUGCUGCUGGUGAUGGCGUCGGCCUCUGGUUAUUACCCAGAGGACCCUGCUCCAGCCUGUAGGAAGCCACGCAGUGAGCAUGCCCGCGGCGAAGAGCUGGUACAUGGAACAGAAGACGGUCGCCUGGAUUUAGGUCAUCGGUCUGAGAACUGAAGAUUCCCCUAACCUUGGUGAAUCAACUACUCAAAAGUUCAUCUGUCAUCUUCAAAAACCAAACAAAACUCAGGGCUGGUGGUGGAACCUAGAACCCACUGCCUGUGCAGGCCGGGCCAGUGCAUUCCCCUUGAACUGCAUCCUAGCCUCAUCUGCCGCCUUCCGAGCUGAAGGGGGGCCACGGACACCGAGAUACCGGCCCUCACUUCCACUUGGCUUCCCUGCUCAGGUGGGAGGAAUAAUACAAAGGCUUAUUUGACUAAACUGGGUUCUGACCUGUUUCGCGACUUGUGACAGUUUAGACUUGACGCCCAGCGUGAGGGCAGAGCUUGUGGGUCGAGUCCCUCUCAAGUCCUAGUUCUUGGUCCCUUUUCUAGGUCAUCCUUUCUCCUUCCACCACUCUCUGGCCUUUUCCAUCCUCUGGCUUUAAUGUUCAGUCUCACUUCUCCCUUUCCCUCCUUCCCCCACCUCUCCUCCCCACUCCCACUCCUUAUAUGGACUUGCUGACCUGAACUUGGUAUGUAGCAGAGGCUGGCCUUGAACUCUUUUUUAUAUUUGUUAUUGUUUUUUUUUUUUUUUUUUUUUUUUUCAAGACAAGGUCUUACUAUGUAGCUCUUGCUGUCCUGGAACUCCCUAUGUACACCAGACUGGCCUCGAACUCAGAGAUCUGCUUGCCUCUGCCUCCUGAGUGCUGGAAUGAAAGACAUAUGCCACUACAACCAGCUUUGGGCUUACACUGUGUUUUUUGUUUGUUUGUUUGUUUGUUUUGUUUUGUUUUGUUUUUCUCUGUGUAAUAACCCUGAUUGUCCUGGAACUCGCUUUGUAGACCAGGCUGGCCUCAAAUUCAGAGAUCCACCAGCCUCUGCCUUCUGGAUGCUGGAUUAAAGACCCGCGCCACCAUGCCCAGCCUUAAAUUCUUGAUCCUCCUGUUGCAGCUCUUCCUAAGUGCUGGGCUUACAAGAAUGUGCACCAUGCCCAGCUGCAAUUGAUAUUUCAUGGGGUUUUUAUUUUUUGAGAAAGGCUGUUUCUACAUAGCCUCCAGACUCUGCUUCUCUCUCUCUCCUCACUCAUUCUCCCCGUACUCCCCCCUUUUCUCUUCCUUCCUCCCUCUCCUCACCCCUCCUUCUCUCCUUCCCUUAUAUCAUUCUCCUCUCUCCUCCCUCUCCUCACCUCUCUUCUUCUCUUCUCUUUCUCUGACCCUUACCAUUUUUGCCAUCAAACAUCAGUCCUCAAACUAUUUGGUGGUCUCAAAUCCCUUUGUGCAAAAAUUGAGGAACUGGAAGAGCUUUUGUUUCUUCUUUUUCCUUGCGAUGUUCAUCAUGUUCUUAGUUAAGGCCAAUGUGUUCUUGAAACAUGGAAAUAUGGAAACACACACUCCAUUUAUCGAUGAGAAGAGUAAUGCCAUCAUGUUUCAUGAAACUCCCGGAAGCUUCCCUAUAUAGUGGUGAGAGAAUGAAUGUGAAAAGGACAAGGGACAUGUUAGCAUUAUGAAUAUAGUUUUGACCUCAAGGACUUCCUCAAAGAGCUGGUCUCUGGAUCACACUUUGAGAUUAUUUGUUCCAAAAUGUUAGAGUUCACAUCCUCUAGGACAUAUGGGUCUAGGAAGAGGGCACUGUUCAGCAAAUUGCUCUCUGGAGGACACAAAUACCCAGGGCCAGGAUGGAGCAUUUUUAGGGAAGGAGAAGGGACAGUGUCAGCCAGGAGAGAAGGGUGUACAAGGAAGUAAGGGGGAGAUGGGAGGACAGAAAGAGCCUGUCUUCUUAGUAAGCAGGGGGCUAGCGAAAUAGUUUUAUUUCCUCUACCCAAGUAGGGUUGGGUUGUUAGGAGGGGCUGCAGAGUUGGGGUGGUGAACGGUUUUAGUUCUUGACAUUGAUAAUUACUGUCAUGUCAUAUACGCACUAUGUGUGCCCGCAUCUCACAAUGCAGAGAGAUUUCCCAAGUGCUUCUGUGUUUCCAUUAAGAUUUGGGCCUUUUGUGUCUUUACGAGCCUCAGUUGGUGAUUUACAGGGGUAAAAUGACCCCUGGUGGCCAAAACAGGGAACUAACCUCGAUUCGUCAGCAAUAGGCUAGCAUCUCAAUCCAGGUCCACCGGAGUCAAUGCCCACCAGACCCUUAACACCAGCUGCUCUAAAGACAGGCUGCUGUCAGUAUCUGUCCCAAGCACCUCUCUUCCUCAGGAUUCAAGAUCUGUGCUCUUCCCGGCAGGAGAGGUUGAGUGGCAGAAUCUCAGGAUAUUGUCCUACCCAAACAGAGCUAAACAGAAUCUUGAAAAUGUAUUUUUGGGGGUGUGGGGGUGGAGGUUGGGGCCUGUGGAGUUUGGAAGAAGCUCAGUUGAUAGAGUGCUUGCCUUGCAUUCACAAAGCCCUGGGUUUCAUCCCGGCACCACUUAACCUGGCCUGGCGUUGUAUGAUUGUAAUUCCAGCACCCAAGAACUGGAGGCCUGGUGGCACACGUCAUUAAUCCCUCAAUCCCAGCACAGUGGUGGCAGAGAUAGGCAGUUCUCUGGAGUUUUAGGCCAGCCUUGUCUACAUAGAGAGUUCCAGAUAGCCAGGGCUACACAGAGAGACCCUGUCUCAAAGAAUGAAAGAAUCAAAGUAGUGGAGACAGGAUCAGAAGUUCUAAAUUAUUCUCACUUACACAUUGAGUUCUGGGAUACGUGAGACUGUCUCCAAAAAGUUUCCAGCUGUGGUGGCCUGUGCCUCUAAUCCAGUGUGCUAGGCCAGAGCGGUCUACGUAGCCAGGUCAGCCACGAUAGUGAGACCCUCAUCUCAAAAAAGAAAAAAAAAAAAUUAAAAAAGUAACUUGAAGGGUCUGGGUCUGGUGUGCAUGUGUCUAUAAUCCCAGCUCUAUGGCUUCUGAGGUUGGAGAACCAUGCAUUUGAGGGCAGCAUUUGCAAGUCCUUAAGUGUAAUCUCUACCACCUCGAAACUAAAUAAACAAAUGCAUUGAAAACAAUGAGUAUUUUAUAUACAGGCAUCGAGUCAAUUCCAGAGUAAUUAAGGCAGCAUGCCAGCAUGUAACACCUAACAGACCAUGUAACUUACUUAUUUAUUCUAAUUUUUGUAUGUAAAAUCUGUCUUCCUUCAUCUCCCUAGGUAAAAUGUAAGCUCCUUGGGGGAGGGGGCAAGGCUUUUUGUUUGUUUGUUUCAUUGAUGUAUUUACUGGCAUCCAGAAGUGUCUGGCACAGGGAAAGUACUCAAUAAAGACUCACUGAAUGAACAGGCA